AUGCUCAGUCGAAAGGUCGGCGGCAGCUUCGUUUGCCUGCGAUGCCGCUUGCAGCUCGCCGGUGCCGCGACUACCUUAACGACCAGACGGCCGCUACCAUUUACACCACCAGCGGCAACCCGCGCCGGCACCGUCAUUCCCUCUCAUGCGACAACACUCUUUGCCAACAGACGAUACUACUCAUCUGACGAAGCCGAUGCCGCCGAUGUGCCCGAAGAAUCGAACCGAAAACAAGACUUAUUCAACCCAGAACCCUUCAAAGGGACGGCCGAUCUGGCGGACCCGGCGGAUAUAACCAGACGAAUCAUCCAGGGUUUCGACGCCGUCGACAACGAGAUCCAGAGCAACAAGGCCCGCGAAGAAGAGGCCACUGCCCUCAACACCGAAAAUGACAUCGAGGAUGGCGAUAAACCAACAGGGCCCAACAUCAUCAGAUAUUCGCCGGCGGACAGAAGAGAAAGGAAACAGGAGACAUGGGUCAGGCACAAGGGUCAAAGGAUGGCUGUCAAGGAGGAAGACCUCGAUGUCGGCAUGCUGGGCAAGCCAUCGCAAGUGGUUGUCCUUCGCAGUCGAGGGAAAUUGAGCAAGCGCCAAACAGCACAUGUUACGCCAGCUACUGUGCAUACCGCCGUGGAUGACCUAGAGGAGUCUUUGGAGAAGCAGAGUCUGGAUCCCAUCGCGGAAGAGGUUCUCGAGAACAUACAGGAACUACGCCCUGAUGAGUCCGUUCUUACCGGAAGGCACUUCGCCGAGCUGUUGGAAACUCUCUACACAAGCUUUACCAGUCGCCAACUGGAACAAUAUCUUAUGCAUCACGCCGAAGCCCAACGAGUGCUGUCCAAGCCGCUUGAAGCAGAUCCCCCAUGGAUUGCCAGGCGUUAUCCUUGGAUUCCCGCCGUUGAAGGCGCCAUGACACCCUUCGACUACAGACACCCUACGUUGCGCGGAUACUAUCGUUCAGACACAAAGCCGAAGCAGAAGCUUGCACUGCGGAUCAUGCUCGAGUGCUGGGGGCUGGCUUCUUAUGACAUUAUUGAUGGCCAAGGUCACUUGGUUGUGAGCCUACGUGAUACCGAGUUUUCACUUUUGAUGCUUGGAUCGAAGAGAUGGCUUGCCGACAUUUCCCGAAAUACUCUAAUUGCUGGUCAGAGGAUCGAACUCAUUCCUGCGAGCAACGCCAUCUGUAUCAACGCACCAAAGGCCAUGAGUGAACUUGUUCUUUCCGAAGUCAAUAGAGUUAUUGAGCAUGCAAAGACCAUCAGCCUCGACCUUAACCUUGUUGGCAAACAAGCCAAGAACCCAGCUGUUCUCAAGUCAGUGGGUGAUGUUACUCACUCUGUUGUUCGCCUCGACCCAGCAGGUGACAAGAUUAAUGUUACCUGGGUUGACAUGCGAAAAGACGAAACUCUAGAGAACAUGGCCGAUAUCGUCAUGCGGUUCCUUCUUGUUGCCUUUGGCCAGAAGCCGCGUACCGAACAUACUACCUUGGUGCUUCCUCCCCAGGCAAGAGAAAGCGGCCGCUACCUGAUCGAGCCCAACUGUCAGCCGAAGCUCCCCUGGCAAGAGCGCAUCAAGCUGUGGGCGAGAUGGAUUGCGCCGGUGGCCAAGGCAGGGUCGUCGUCUACAGGCGUUAAGAUACCUGCCAAUGUUCUUCCUCAUCCACUCAACCUGGCUAAGGAAGCACCUCGCCACAGACUGAUCACAGCUGCGUUCCCCGAGUUGCACAGGGACCAGAGCGCGGAGGGGUGGUCGGAAGUACCGGAGACUGACACCCGUGCGGUUUUCGGCCAUGUUCUCCAUGCUCCGGCUAAAUCGCCGGACUCGGCACAAGCCCAGCGUAGCCGAAUUGUCGGGUCGGCUUCCACCUCUGGCUUCCCAAGCCGUCUCGAUACUUCUCUCGACCGAACCUUCAUGCCCGUGCUUCCGCCGAUUUCUGAGCUAAAGUUCGCCAACAACCUCAAGACUCAGGGGCUUUACCACUCUGACAUCGUCAUGCGCUUCGUGCCCGCCCGUGAGCAGCCCCACUUAGUCAAGGCCACCUCUGCUCCCGAUCUGGAGCUGGUUCUUGAAGCUGACAACCGCGAGGUUAAGGGCUUCACUUCCCUUCGUGCCAUCACUGAGUCCUUCACGGGCGACAUUAUCUGUCCCAAUUCGCCCAUUGAUGUCCGACUUAAGCAGCGCCGCCAGUUUACCAUGGACCUUAAGAGCAUUGGCGAGUGCGGACCAAUAGUCGACUUCGUAAACAAGUCCGACCUGCGUCCUUGGGAUGGAAAGCUCAAGACUCCUUCUUCGAUCGAGGCACUGCCACUGCCUAAGCGCCUCUUGUCUGGGCCAUCUGUCAAGAAGAUUGAGGAAGACAUUGUUCCCAUCAAGUAUCUCUUCGCGGGCAUGGAGAUUCACAGGCGCGUGGCGGCUGAUUACAAGGGUUUUACCGCCACGUACCGAUCCAUCGAGGCUGGUCAGCGCGGCGGCAAAUACGCCGAGCUCUCUGUUGACGCAGUGCGUGCCGAGGUGACUCGAGCCUCUGGUCCUAGCUAUCUUAUGGAGCUGAGGCAAGAGGCUCCACUUCCUCCUCCCAGUGGCGAGCCUGCCAGACUUGAUCCCACUGCCCUUCCUGGCGGAAAUGCCACCAUUACCCCCCUCCACGGGCGUAUGUCUGAAGGCUUCCUCAAGCCCUUCGUCCCUGAAGAGAAGGGAAUUAACUGGAAGUCCGGCAUUACGCCUGCUGAGGCAGAAUUCCGCAGGUCCCUCGAGGAGUCGGACGACGCGCCUAUCCGUCAACCGCCGUCCGCGGCGGCCAAGGAAGCAGCGGAUGAGCUCAAUAACCUUGACCUCGACAAGGAGAUCGGGGACCGCGACCCUGAUGCCCCGGGGAAGCGGGAGUUCCAAGAGGAGAUCAAGAAGGACGAGUGGUUAGACGAGCUCCCACCUCUCAAGAGGAAGGAGGGAGAAGAGUCGGUUGUCGAUGAUUCCGAUCCAUGGGACGGCAACGAUCCCAAGCAUCUCAAGGCCUUCUUGGAUGUUGUUGAGGAUAUUGUCAGUGGCAGGGCGCCGCCUGCUUGGCAGGGGAGGUAA